UGAAACUAAAGGCACAAUAGGUGGUUGAAUAAGGAAAGCUAACUCUGUCUCUGCUAUGCACUUCUUUUCUCUCUUUUUGGGUGCUUCUUUUCUCUCCUAUUAAUUUCUUUCCUUUCAUUUUCUUUCCCUUUUCUCUCAUUCUUUUCCAAUUUAGUCCAUCAUCAACAAAACCCUUCUCUUAUCUCUUCUCUCAAGUCUCAACAACAACAUCAUCUCUUUUCUUUCUAUCUCCAGAAAUUGAAUAAAAAUGGUGAGAGGAAAAACUCAGAUGAAACGUAUAGAGAAUGCAACAAGCAGACAAGUUACAUUUUCAAAGAGAAGAAAUGGUUUGUUGAAGAAAGCUUUUGAACUAUCUGUGCUUUGUGAUGCUGAAGUUGCUCUCAUCAUCUUUUCUCCAAGAGGAAAACUUUAUGAGUUUUCUAGCUCCUGCAUGCAGGACACAAUUGAACGGUACCGUAGAAAUACCAGGAGUGCUCAACCAUUGCAAAGAUCAGAUGAACAAAAUAUGCAGAAUUUGAAGCAAGAAACAGCAAGUUUGAUGAAAAAGAUUGAGCUUCUUGAAGCUUCGAAACGGAAACUCAUGGGAGAAGGUUUGGGUUCAUGCUCCUUGGAAGAACUACAACAGAUAGAACAACAGUUGGAAAAGAGUGUAAGCACUGUUAGAGCAAGAAAGAAUCAGGUUUACAAGAAUCAAAUUGAGCAACUUAAAGAAAAGGAAAAAGCCCUACUUGCUGAAAAUUCCAGGCUCUCUAAGCAGCCACAACCACCACCACUGCCACCACCGCCAACUAAUGAUCCUCCGAGAGAAAAUCAAAAUCAAGCGUACGCGGAGAGCAGCAGUCCAAGCUCCGAUGUGGUGACUGAAUUGUUCAUUGGACUACACAGGUCUUGUUGAACAUAAUGGUUUAAUCGUCUAGUGUAUGUUUGGUUUUACGUUAAUUCCAAUAGCAACAAAAUUCUUUCCAUAUUGCAUUGGAAUUUGUUCAGUUUAAGAACAAACAUAUCCUUAAUACUUGCCUUAUAUACAUGCAAGUGUAGAGUAAUUGGGAAAAGCCCUGAUGUGUCUAAUGUAUCUGUUGAACAAUGUCAUGCACUGAAUAUAUGUCAUAAUUUUAAUUUUUAUCAAAGUGUUGAAAAAAUUAUAGAUAGUCUUGAAAUAUAUAAAUUUAAGAGCAUAACUCUAAGAGUACUGCAUGCUCUGUGGGAAGUGAAGGCAGCACCACAAGCAUUUGAAAAUCAAGAGUUUCCCUCAAUCUUAUCUUAGGGUUGAUUUGUGGGGAAGGUGUGUAGGAAUAUUGAUGGUCUUUUUUCAAAUUUGUGUAAUAAUCCUUGGGGGUGUCUAGAAAGAAUGUAGGUUAAUUAUAAAUUUGAUAUCAUGAGUUGGCUGGGCCUUAGAGAUUUGGGCAUUGGAAGCCCUGGAUUUAGAGGUGGACUACAUUUACCCUAAGCAGACGGCCGGCCUCUUUGCUGAGCAUAAAGCUGAGUUGAUGUAUGAAUUCAGAUAAUCUUGUCGGUAUUAAGUUGGAGUAUCCCGUGUACUUCUUUCAACAAAUUACAUGUUAAUUCGAAUAAUUUGGACGACGGGACAAAACCUCUCCAAUGUAAAAUAGUAAUAGUAUCUCCUUAUAAAUAUGUUUAUGUGCAGCCAUUAUACUCAAGAAUCCGCCCAC